AUGCUAUUAGAAGUUGUAUCAUAUGCUGGGACGUGUUUGGGCUUUGUAUUUUUAACGUUGGCGAUUGCCUCUGCUCUAUACUAUAUAAGUGAAAUCGUGGAAGAGCACACCGAGCCAACGAGAAGAGUGUUAACCAGAACCAUAUACGGGUUGAUUGUGUUAUUUGUCCUGUUGAUAAUUUUCGACUCUUUCCCUAUAAAACUAACACUAUUUGCAAUUGUUUCGCAUAUAAUCUACUACCAGAACCUAAAGACAUUCCCAUUCAUCUCGCUGUCCUCGCCCGCAUUCCUUGCCAGUUGCGCAUGUGUGGUGAUCAACCAUUACUUGUGGUUCAAAUAUUUCAAUGACACAGCAGUCCCGCCUCAGUUCAGAUACGAUCCAAAUUACAUUCCUAAGAGACGUGCAACAUUUGCUGAAGUGUCUUCAUUUUUCGGUAUCUGUGUCUGGUUCAUUCCAUUUGCAUUAUUUGUAUCAUUGAGCGCAAGCGACUACGUAUUACCUACUGCCGGAAAAGCGGACACCUCUGCAUUUGCCAAGAAACAUGACAGUGAGGGACACACCGGUGUAGCUGGAGAACCACGUUUGCGCGGCAAGGCAGUUGGAUUGGCAAGAGUUGUAAUCAACAGUAUCCGCGGUUACAUCGCAAUGUGUUUGAACAUAUUUGGUUUUAAAACGGAAACCAACCACCAUAGACUAGCAGUAUAA